GGGCCAAAUCGUCCUCAGCAUUAUCCGUUUGGGAGUCAAACUGGUCUUUGCGGAAGCAAAUUCUUCCCCUCCCAAAUGGGCCACUCAUCUCCAGCUCAGAAUCUUCUUCCUGCCCAUCUUCCUAUGCCUGAUAGUCAAUCUCAAGUCAUCACAAUUCACGGGCCAAUCACCAGCUGUCUCUCUUCCGAGGCAGAGUUUCAUGCUCUUCCUCUGGUUCGAUGGCAAAGCUUCACAUCCAUGGAGUCCACGCCCCUGGCUUCAUUCUCUUCUUCGUCUCUCUUUAGUACCCACUUCUCCUUCUCGCUCUUUCCUCAGCCUACACAACUCAGACCAGUUACUUCAUCAAUUGUGGAUCAAGCAAAAGCCAGAACUAUUCCAACAGGGUCUUUGUUGGUGACACGGGUUCUGACUCCAUCUCCUUCACAAAACAGAGUACCUCCGCCCAAUCCAGCAGCCAAUUCUCGAGCGUCUCACCUAUCUACGACACGGCAAGAACCUUCAGAAACCCUUCGUCGCAAUACGUUCUCGAGGGAAUGGAUAGAGGUACUCACAUCGUGCGACUCCACUUUUUCCCUUUCGCUUCCACAAGCAAUCUCUCCGAGGCCGUGUUCGAUGUCUCUGUAGAUGGGCUCACGCUUCUCAGCAAUUUCCAAGUGCCCAGUAGUAACGACUCUCUUGUGGUGGAGGAGUUCUUUCUUAGCAUAAAUACUACUAAGUUCGUACUCUCCUUUCGUCCUCGAGGGUCAUCUUUUGCAUUUAUCAAUGCCCUCGAAGUGUUCCUUGUGCCUGAUAGAUUCAUUCCUGGUUCUGCUCCGAGUGUGGGCACUAUGGCGAUUAAUAGCAGCAACUAUAGCAGAAUUUCCUCCCAGGUUUUGCGCACGGUUUACCGAAUUAAUGUCGGAGGCGAGGAAGUAGCUCUGAGUUAUGAUCCUUUGUGGAGAAGUUGGGUUCCUGAUGGUAAUUACAUUCAUUUCCCAAACGCUGCAUAUAGCCAUAGCUAUGAGGGUGUUCUUAAUUACCAGGAUGAUCUAGACAAACAUUUAGCAUCGGAACGCAUUUACCGGACUGCUAAGGCGAUGAUGAACAUAUCUGCUUGGGGAUUAUACCCCAACACCACCUGGAAUUUCAAGGUGAAUGCAAACGCCUCGCACUUGGUCCGGGCUCAUUUCUGUGACAUCAUUAGCCCGUCUCUCAACACGGUGUACUUCAAUCUUCAUAUUAAUGGAAAUUUCACUAAGCACAUCGACCCAUACGGUGUAAAUGGGUUUCGUCAGUCGGCAGUUCCUUUUCAUUCUGAUUUUGUGGUUCAGCCGGGCAGCUCAGGGCUAGUGAACAUCAGCAUAGGCCCCGCUAAUGCCUCAGACACAGUAUCUCAGCAAGCCUAUCUCAAUGGCCUGGAGAUAAUGGAGAUAAUAGGGUCGUGGGACUCGGAUUUUGCACAUUCAGAGGUUGAUAACCAGAAUAAGCACGAUGGCCUCAUAAUUGGGCUAGUUUCUGGAAGCAUCGUGCUCAUAUGUGUUUCUGCUGCGAUCUUCUUAUGCAAGUAUAGAAAGCCGAAGAGAACUGAAACUUGGGCUUGGUUGCCAUUGCCUGCAAUCGGAGGAGGCAGUUCGCACAGUGAACUGACUGAGCAAAGUACUCACGGCUCUGCUGUCCCUAAUCUUCAUCUAGGACUGAAAGUACCCCUUGCUGAAAUCCAUUUCGCCACCGACAACUUCGAUGGCAAACUUUUGAUUGGCAAGGGUGGAUUCGGCAAUGUCUAUAGAGGAACUCUCAGGGACGGCACCAAAGUUGCUGUGAAACGGAGCGAGCCAGGGUCGGGACAAGGGUUCUCUGAGUUCCAAACAGAGAUCACCGUUUUGUCCAAAAUCCGCCAUCGCCACCUCGUAUCCUUAAUUGGGUAUUGUGCUGAACGGUCCGAGAUGAUACUUGUUUACGAGUUUAUGGAGAAGGGGAGCUUAAAAGAUCACCUGUACAAUUCGGAUUUCCCAUGCUUACCUUGGAAGCAAAGGCUCCAGAUCUGCAUUGGAGCGGCCCGGGGCUUGAAUUACCUCCACAAAGGCGCAGCUGGAGGAAUUAUUCACCGGGACAUCAAGUCCACCAACAUUUUGCUUGAUGAGAAUUAUGUUGCGAAGGUUGCUGACUUUGGUCUGUCCAAGUCAGGCCCACUGGAUCAAAGCCAAACCCAUGUGAGUACAGGGGUCAAGGGCACUUUUGGGUACCUCGAUCCAGAGUACUUCAAGACCCAGCAGCUGACAGAAAAAUCAGAUGUGUACUCGUUUGGAGUGGUUCUUCUCGAGGUGCUAUGCGCAAGGCCUGCUAUAGACCCUUCGCUUCCCAGAGAGCAGGCGAACUUGGCUGAAUGGGGCAUCGCAUGCAUCCAGAACGGAAUCAUUGAGCAAAUAGUCGACCCUCUUAUUGGUGGUCAGAUUAAUUCGAACUCGCUGAGAAAAUAUGGGGAGGUUGCUGAGAAAUGCUUGCAAGAAGAGGAUGAAGAGAGACCUAGCAUGGGCGAUGUACUCUGGGACUUGGAAUACGCCUUGCAGCUUCAGCAAACAGCGGCGGAAAGAGAGAUGUGCGAUGGCAGCAUGACCGACGGUUCGUCAAUAUUGACUCUUUCAAACGUGAGGAAGCUCCCAUCAUUUAGCAGAUUGGUCGAAGAAGAGGCCGUGGGCAAAGAAUGGGCGGAUAGUUCACAGAUGUCCAUGAGUGGAGUUUUCUCCCAGAUGAAGAUUGAGGAAGCCAGAUGAGUUUCAUUGUGCAGUACGUUUAUUUAACGUGUUUCUGAGUAGUUUUCAGAUAUGAAUUCUAUUUAUCUGAUAAAGAAGAGUGCAUGUACCAAUCGUUUUAAAUUCUAUCUUGUUGAAGCAUCUGAUAUAAUGACAAUUGUUGCUGUCGUAACGUGUAAGCAUAUAAUUAUUUAUUGUACAAGAGAGGGCAACAUUUGACCGUGAUAUAUCCAAAUGUGAUAGAUAUUGCACACCCCUUAGUUGCAGACCUUGAGUAAACACUUGUUCCACAGAUUGCGCCAUC